CGUCGAGCAGCCAGAGCCUGAUUGGUAAUUUUUUUUUUUCUUCCGAAGCUCACUGAAAAAGGGCCUGCGGGCAAAUUGAAUUUCGUGACCCAAUCAACGAUGUCACCAUGUCGAACGGCCCAAACUCGCGUGAAGAAACGUCCAUCGAUACCCUGAGCUCUUCAGAACCUCUAAUUCCUUCUACUUUUCCAAGAGUUGUGUAUCUUCAGAACACAUGCGCGUCGUGCGAUGCUCCCCUCGAUACAUCUGAGCAAGAUUUGAAUUUUGUUCAUCCAACCAUCUUUUGUACUCUCAAUCAAACCACAGAUCAUCUUCCUCUGGCUUGCGGAAGCGAGGCUUGUGGUCAAAAGAUUCCAGAUCUUCAAGGCCUCAAGCAGCACUGUCACGCAGCGAAGCACGAGUCAUUCAAGUGCGGUGUAUCAACAUGUCAGCAAACCCUGUCAGGAGACCGCUGGAGUCUCGAAAAACAUUUUCAGCACCAUCCCGAAGUCAAGUUUCGGUGCAACAAAUGUCAAAUAGGGUUCGAUACACCUACCAAGUUGGAUCAGCAUUGUUCCUCUAGUAAUCACGCCGGUUACCAUUGUCCCUACCCCAAUUGCAAUUCAGAAUGUGGUCAGAGUCGAGAUCUGCAAAAGCAUCAACUGAUACAUAAGAAGACUACCGCAAGGUAUCCAUGCAAUCACUGUCGAGCAUACCGAGGCAUGAAUGGGUUCAAGCGCAAAGAUCACCUGCGGCAACAUAUCCGGAAAUACCAUAGGAUUGAGGACUAUGAUUUCAACGAAUAUUGCUACCAUGGUUCGUGCUACCACAAAUCUUUUCAAUCACUGGAAGAAUACACAGACCAUACACUCCAAGAACACCAAAGUAUGCCGUACAUCUGUAGACAAAAGGACUGCGACCGAAAGGAUAUGAACGGCUUCGCCAACAAGAACGAGCUCGAAUUUCACGCCAAGAAUGAUCAUGCGCUUCCGUAUCGAUGUUCAUUUCUUGCCUGCGAUCGAGUUGGCACGAAAGGCUGGAGACGCAAGGUAGAUAUGGCGAAGCACAUGGCAAAGAAGCACGGUCAGGUUGUCGAAGCGGCUACUGUUCUCUGAGUGUUCAGUCGAGGAAGUGUCGUUGAUGAGUGGCAAUGAUGCUACAUCUGAACGGCUCUGUUUCGAAUGUGAAUGACUUGGACCGGAUCGGGGCUUUCUUUGAAUCUUUCGUACACUUGUCGCUCUCUAUAUAUCAAUAUUUCUGGCUUAGAGGUGUCUGUUUGGAGUUUUUGUUUCUUGCUUUUGAGGAUUGGCUCCAUAAUUUCAACAGCUGUUCAACACAGAUGUUUAUGACAAAUCGAUGACUUCACAGAACACACGCCUCGUUUCAAAAUCCAACUCGACGUGA